AUGUUGGAAUUUCCAAAGAACGGGCAAGGUUUGUCUCGUAAACAGCUGAAUCGAAUGCGGAACAUAGAAAUUCAUACACUGAAAUUUUCUGUCGAUCGAGCGAAUAAAAGUGAAUUGGCGCGUGUAAUGAUUGAUGUGACAGAUUUCAUCACAAAACUGAUGGAAAGUGGUGCUUGUGAUGUUGCGAUAGCAAGUAGUUUCCUCCGGCCUACAGAUCCAUUAUAA